CUUUGUAAAGGAGACGCCAUUUUGGAAGCGUCACUUUGGCGGCGUGUAGGAUAGCAAAAUUUUACCCAGAAAUACCACCAAGAAAGUUGUCUUAUUGUUGUGUUUACGUGUAAUAUGUCGUAUCAGUCUAGUGUAGCUCAAGAUAGCUUGGCUGCUGCACAAUUAGAGAUGGCCGGUAACCCCAACGCGUUGGCUCUUCGUCGGCCAUUCGACCCUGUGGCUCACGAUUUGGAGGCAAGCUUUCGACUGACGCGGUUUGCCGAUCUAAAAGGAAGAAGCUGCAAAGUACCGCAAGAUGUGUUGGGAAAACUUGUGGAAUCCCUGCAGCAGGACUACUCUCAGGAGCAGGACCAGUUUAUGCAUGUGGCGAUCCCGCGCAUCGGCAUCGGCUUGGAUUGUUCGGUGACGCCGCUUCGCCACGGCGGCCUAUGUUUGGUGCAAACAACUGACUUUUUUUACCCCUUAGUGGAUGACCCCUACAUGAUGGGGAAGAUAGCGUGUGCCAACGUGCUGAGUGAUUUGUAUGCAAUGGGAGUCACCGAGUGCGACAAUAUGCUAAUGUUGCUCGGCGUUUCCACUAAGAUGACUGAAAAGGAGCGAGACGUCGUCAUUCCCCUCAUAAUGCGCGGGUUCAAGGAUUCAGCUCUGGAAGCGGGCACUUCAGUGACUGGAGGUCAAACUGUCAUCAACCCGUGGUGCACUAUUGGAGGAGUGGCUACAACCAUCUGCCAGCCCAAUGAAUACAUUGUUCCUGAUAAUGCUGUAAUGGGAGAUGUCCUUGUGCUUACCAAACCCCUAGGAACCCAGGUAGCUGUGAAUGCUCACCAGUGGUUGGACCAACCUGAACGCUGGAAUCGCAUCAAGCUUGUGGUGUCUGAAGAAGAUGUCCGUAAAGCUUACCAUAGAGCCAUGGACUCUAUGAGCCGACUGAACCGCAUAGCUGCCAGGCUUAUGCACAAGUACAAUGCCCACGGAUCUACUGAUGUCACUGGAUUUGGACUGCUGGGACAUGCUCAGAACCUGGCUUCUCACCAAAAGAAUGAAGUAUCUUUUGUUAUUCAUAACUUGCCUGUGAUUGCCAAGAUGGCUGCUGUAGCCAAGGCCUGUGGCAACAUGUUCCAGCUCUUGCAAGGUCACGCCCCAGAGACCUCUGGAGGAUUGCUCAUCUGCUUGCCCCGAGAACAAGCUGCUGCUUACUGCAAAGACAUUGAGAAGCAGGAGGGGUACCAAGCCUGGAUCAUUGGGAUUGUGGAGAAGGGCAACCGUACUGCCCGCAUUAUUGACAAGCCCCGAGUCAUUGAAGUUCCAGCAAAGGAUUAAACUGCCACUUAUGAAAAUAGUUUUCAUAUCAUUUGUUUGUUUGACUUCAGGAUGAUAGGAAUGUAUAUCAAUGAUUUUAUUUCAAAGAGUAAAUUGUUACAUAGACUAUACUUAUGUACAACUUGAUUACAUACUUAUGUUAGCAUUUCUUUAAUUUUAAGACAGAUUUGUAUUGUGUUAAACUACAGUAACAGUUUUGCAGAUUAAGAGAAGACAAUUUAUUCAAGCAUCAUUGUAACUAAGCUUUUAGAACAUGAUCUAGUGACUAAUUUGGUGUUUAUAUUUUAGGUAAGAAUAUCACUAUUGAAAUUUAAGAUAAUUCCAUUAGGUAACUACUGAAACCUAACAUUUGUUUGCAGCUUGUUCUUGGGGACAUUUCUGUGAAUUGUGAGAUAAGUAUAAUUAUUAGAAUAAAGUUAUUUUUCAGUC